AUGGAGACUGGAAAUCAACCAUCAGAUGGCAGCAGUAAGACUGAAAAACAUGCUGCACAAGCUCCGAAAAUCUCCAGUCGACUUGGCCAACUACACAAAGAAAUCGAACAACUCAUAGCAAACGGAUUUGUAGAAGAGGCUGAUUUCAAUUACGAUGGCCUCCACACUUAUCUACCGCAUCAUCCAGUCUACCGAACAGACAAGGCCACCACAAAAAUCCGACCAGUUUUCGACGGCGCCGCAAGAUCCAAAUAUGGACCGAGCCUCAACGAUGUUCUGGAGACCGGACCAAAUCUUAAUCCUGAUCUCCUCUCGGUCUUAAUGCGCUUCCGGAUGAACCGGAUCGCCUGGAUUGCGGAUAUCGAAAAGGCCUUUCUCAACAUCGCGCUGCAGCCCGAAGACGCUGAAGCUGUCAGAUUUUUAUGGCCAAGAAAACCGGAAGAACCCAACUCCGAUUUCAUCGCGUACAAAUGGAAAAGAGUUCCAUUUGGGCUGAGCUCAAGUCCAUACCUUUUAAGAGUCACUAUUAACAAACAUUUGCUCUCAGUCAAAUCUAGAUUUUCUACGACAGUCGAGCAGAUAGAAGAGCAGCUUUACGUAGACGACUACCUCGGAGGAGCAGACGACGUGCCAACAGCCAUAACUACGGUAGAAGAAACCGUCACGCUAUUCUCAGAGGCCCAACUCAACAUGAGGAGCUGGGCAACAAACAACAAGCAGCUCCGUGACUUUCUCACCGAAAAAGAAAUGUCGAACCAGAUUGUCGGAAUUCUUUCACCCACAAUAGACGGCCAGCAAAAGGCACUGGGUCUUAGAUGGGACACGAGCUCCGAUUCAUUUAAAUUUGACCCUACAUCUAUAAUGGAAGCAGCUGUGCAGAUAGGAGAAAAAAUCACCAAAAGGAAAAUUCUGAGCAUUUCAGCAAGGAUAUUCGACCCAAUUGGUUUCCUAGCUCCUACAGUCUUACUUUUAAAAAUAAUUUAUCAAAAACUUUGGGAAGGAGACAUAGGUUGGGACGAUGACGCCACACCCGAAGUGAAGAACACCUGGAGCAGCAUCAUGAAAGGCCUGAAGGAUCUACAUCAUUUGGAGAUCCCACGAUGGAUUGGAUAUUCAAAACUUCCAUCGUCUCCGCAGAAAUUCACGUGUUCGGCGAUGCAUCAGAAGCAGCCUACGGAGCAGUAG